AUGCUGCAAUCUAUGCAGCAAUUCUAUCUAAGUGUGGAUUCCAGCCUAUCAUUGCCAGCGGAAUCUCAGCCUUUGUAUACGUCAUCCCAAACUGCCACGAAUGAGCGGUAUUACUCUGGAAACAGCGCGAACAUUCACGUGGAGCUAUCACAGGCUCCUGAACCAUCACACGUGAUGAUUCAAAACGCCAGUGAAAGCCCGGAAGUUCCGUAUUCUCCGCCAGUUUAUCGUGGGGAAAAGCAGGUGAAAGAUGAUGUAUUCGACGAAGAUCCAUGCAUGCUUUUACACAGUUGUUUGCCUCUAGACCGCUACGGUGAUAAAGCCAAUCGAGCAGGUUAUGAGACUUGUCAAAAGCUACGAAAAGAUAAACAGGCCUAUAAAACGACACCUUACCGACACUAUACGGAUGCUGGGCAAUCUAUUCUCACAGAUACUUGGAAAACAAUCGAAGACAGACGGAAAGUGCUCGGUAAAUUCCACGGGAAAGGCUACGAACAAAGAAGAAAGACAUUUUCCAAGGCGUCAAAUGCUCAAAAGAGGAUCGGCGAUCCAAGCAAUGUGCCGGAGGACCUUAGCCACGUUCCUGGAGGAGAUCUGUUCCUGCAGCUCCAGACAGAUGAUUUGCAUUUGUACUUUUGCACAGAUACUGUUGAAAUGGCGCGCGACAACGGAAUGUACGCACUUAUUGGAGAUGGCGUUCAUAAUCUGAAUCCUGUCACAAUUCCGAAUCGGAUGGACAAAGGACAAUUAUAUGUUCUUCACGCAGCUAUUCAAGGCGGCAUAGAGGUCCCAAUCCUCUACGCCGUAACAAGAUACAAAAAUGUGGAAACGUACAAGAGGAUCUUCGAAAAACUCCGUGAGACACUGGGAGACUACAAUGACAGAGUCAUUUUGGACUUCGAGAAGGCAGCAAUUCGAGCAGCCAGGGAGACGUUUCCAGAAGCCGAUGUACAAGGAUGCGCCUUCCAUUUGGCGCAAGCGUGGAAUAGGAUCAAGUUACGAGGAAUGCUUUCGAGGAGGAUCAACCCUCCAUUCGAAGAGCUUCUGGAAUGCCUGCAUGGCAUUAAUUCUAUGGCAUUUGGAACUCUCUACAAUGUGAGAGAGAAUGCUAAUGCAUGCGGAAUUCUUCGCAAAAAGGACCAGGAGCGACGCCACAAGAUUGAUCAGGCGAUGGAUGAGUUUAAACAAUUAUAUCUUUCCAGUGAAUUUUUAGAAACAGAGGUAAUAGAAAAUUAUUGCAGCAAGAUGUCAAAAUUCGUAUCGGAGAAGACCAUCUAA